AGGACAAACGUAGAAGAAGACGCAACCGGAAGUAGCAACACGCAGGGUUGUUGACAAUCCAGCUAGCCUUUGCUAGGUGGUAUCACAUUUCAUUGACAUUUUUACUAAAAAUUCCGUUCAUAAUGAGUUUUCCAGAUAAUAGGCAUGGGAUGAAACGACCAGUGUCUCCAAAUGACGACGGGUCCACCCAGUGGGCAGCAGCGGAUCUCGGAAGCAAUGAAAGGAAGCAGAAGUUUUUACGUCUGAUGGGCGCCGGCAAGAAAGAACCGACAGGACGCCUCGUCAUUGGCGACCACAGGUCGACGUCCCACUUCCGCAGUGGGCGGGAAGAUAAGCAGAUGAACGAUCAGCUGGAGAUGCAGUACCAGCAGAGCAUGGAUGGGAAGCUCUCGGGCCGGAACAGGAGACACUGUGGCCUGGGUUUCAGCGAGCCCUCCCCGGAGCGAGACUCGUUGCCCUCCCCGCUAGUGGACGGUCAGUUAAAAGAUACAGAGCCGGAAAAGUCCUUCAGCGAAGAUAAACCCGCAGAAAGCCACAGCGACGGCAGCGAGUCCGAUCCACAGAAACAGACCUCCGACGAGGCCGCGUCCAGCUCAGACACCAGCGACGAAGAGCGGAAAGGCGGCGUCGAAGUGGCGUCCGGGAAGUCGGCUUAGGGCUGCGGGGUGGGGGAACUAGUUUUUGUAAUCUGAAAUUUGUACAUUUUGACGUUUGUUUCGCUGUAGGCGUCGGGCCAGUCGCUGCUUCUCGCUGCGGGCAAUCUGGUUCUCCGCUCAGGCGCCCGUCACUGGGCCGCAUCCUGCAGCGUGUGUUCGGGAAGAAUCUGCAAACUAAAGAAGUCUGCUUUUGGGUGGGUGGUGGUCCGAAAAGCCAAGGUGGCAAAUACUUCCAUUUUUAUUUCUUUUGAACAUUUUAACACUUCACUGCAUUUUCCACGGAUGAUGUUGGAGGAACGGGAUCGCUUUCCACGUGGCGUGAUUGGUGUACACGUUGUACAUUUUGUGAAUUCUUGUUUGAAAACCAAUAAAAGAAAAGUGUCUGUAUUAAAUCUG